AUGGAGAGUAGGAAGUCAGUGGUCAAAGGCAUUUUGAGGAGGGGCCCUAUGGUAUCACAAGAACACUCAGAGCUGCUUGUGAGGAAAAUUACAAUAGAGGAGGUGAAGAAGGGUGUUUUUGACAUCCCUGGAUCAAAGUCUCUUGGGCCAGAUGUGGAAUGGCAAUUUAUAAAGGAAAUGCUUCGUGGACUUCAGUUUCCAUAUCAAUUUGUCAAUCUGAUCAUGCAGUGUAUCACAACUCCUAGGUUCUCUCUGAUGUUCAAUGGAACUCUCCAUGGUUUCUUUAAAUCUAAGAGAGGCCUAAGACAAGGCGAUCCUAUAUCUCCAUUACUGUUUGUAAUAGAAAUGGAGUAUCUAUCUAGACUGAUGAGAAAAAUUGGGGACAAGGAUGACUUUCAUGAUAUAUGUAUUGAGCUGAAAUGGAACCACCUUGCUAUUGCAGAUGAUGUAAUAUUAUUCAGCAAAGGGGAUGAGAGAAGUGUCAGGUACUUACUACAAGCUCUGAAGCUUGUUUCUGUCACCUUUAGACUACAGCCAAACCCCUCAAAGACUGCAAUAUACUGCAGCAAUAUGGAACCAGCUGUAGUUGAAAGACUGCUAAAAAUUUCGAGUUUUUCAAAUCAAAAUUUUCCUUUUACUUACUUGGGAAUACCUAUCAAUGCAAAGAAAAAAUCUGGAAGAGACAGUGAGAUACUGAUAGAGAAGAUGACUGCCAGAAUUAGGUGUUGGAGUUCGAGGAACUUGUCCUUUUGCAGGUAG